CUCUCUCUCUCUCUCUCUCUCUCUCUCUCUCUCUCUCUCUCUCUCUCUCUCUCUCUAACUAGCAGCUUCCAGCUAAGCACUUAGCACCCCCCCUGCUCGCCUGUGUUUGAACGCCUUGCAACACUGCCAAGACCGAAGGAAAACUCGCCUACGUGAGGAACUCGCCUCGCAAACACAUACACGCACAGGCACACAGACACUCGCGAGUUCUGGGGCAGGCAGAGAGAGAGCGAGAGUAAUUAUCUUCUUUUCCCACAUUUCCUUUUCUUGUUGUGCCUCUCGUUCUCUGGCGGCGCGAAGAUGCUGGGCAACGCCUCUCGCCUCGGCCUGCGCCUGUCGCAAAUUGGAAAGGUGACCCCGGGUUCCCGCAGGGUUGCCACCUCCGGCGCCGCUUUGAAGAACUUCGCCCAAGUGCCCAAGGAACUCCAGAAGAAGAUGGUGACCUUCCAGGUUGACAACGGUCUGCCGGUGCACAUCCGCGGCGGAAUCGUAGACAAGGUCCUCAUGGCCUUCACGUACGUUGUGUGUGGUCUCGGCCUCCUCGACUGCUGCAGGGUGUACUAUGUGCUCUCGUACCCGGCGGAGGAGAAGAAGUAGGGGAAGCAGGUGAAGGAGGAGGGAGGAGAGAUAAGGAGGGAGAAGGAGGAGGAGGGA